AACCCGGCGAAACGUUAUCCUCUUUCUCCCUUCGUCCAUGGAGACCGCGAGGACGAUGCUCCGGUCUGCGCUCAAGAUCCCUCCAACUCCCUUAUCUGUCUCCACCAACGGCGGCGGCGGCGGCAGAUCCCUCCGGGUAUUCUCCGUACCCACUCCGAGUCCCACAGCAGCGUUGUCUCUCUUCUCCAAACCUCUAAAACCUUCUCUUCCCCACCCAGUCCACCUCGCAGUUUCUAGUGGUCAGUCAAGCGUGAGUGCCACUUCGGAAACAGAAUGGGCUAUGCAAGAUUUCUAUGCAUUGAGAAAGGAUGUUGAAGUUGCUGCAGUGCGUGUGGAAGACAUAAGGAUGUCAGCUGGUCUGGAACUGUUAGAAGCUGAUCUUGCUUCACUGGAGAAGAAGGCUGCAGAUGAUUCUCUAUGGGAUGAUCGAGCAAAGGCACAGGAAAUACUUCUUUCCUUGACUGAUGUGAAAGAGAAAAUCAAGUUGCUCAAUGAUUUUAAAUCUCAGGUUGAAGAAGCUGAAACAAUAGUGGCGCUGACUGAAGAGUUAGAAACUAUAGAUAGUAGUCUCCUACAAGAGGCUUCUAAGAUAAUUAGAGGGUUAAGUAAGGCUCUAGAUCGGUUUGAGUUGACACAACUUCUUUCUGGGCCUUAUGACAAGGAAGGUGCAGUAGUUACUAUAACAGCUGGUGCUGGCGGUACUGAUGCGCAGGAUUGGGCAGAUAUGCUACUUCGCAUGUAUGUGAGGUGGGGAGAGAAGCAAGGAUACAAGACAAAGGUGGUUGAGAAAUCUCCUGGAGAGGAAGCUGGAAUUAAAUCAGCUUCAAUUGAAAUUGAAGGUCGUUGUGCCUACGGGUAUCUGUCAGGAGAGAAAGGAACACACCGUAUUGUUCGCCAAUCACCAUUCAAUGCUAAAGGCCUUCGCCAGACUAGCUUUUCCGGUGUGGAAGUUAUGCCCCUUCUUCCUGAAGAAUCUCUAGAUGUAGAUAUACCCGAAGAAGACCUGGAAAUCAGCUAUUCUAGGGCUGGAGGAAAAGGAGGACAGAACGUGAACAAAGUGGAAACAGCUGUUCGGAUCGUUCACAUUCCCACUGGAGUUGCAGUUCGCUGUACAGAGGAAAGAACUCAAUUGGCUAACAAGAUAAAGGCCCUCGCGCGUUUGAAAGCCAAACUGCUAGUGAUUGCCGAGGAACAGCGGGCUUCUGAAAUCAAACAGAUAAGAGGUGAUGCAGUGAAGGCAGAGUGGGGUCAGCAGAUCCGCAACUACGUCUUCCACCCAUACAAGCUUGUAAAAGAUGUGCGAACUGGGCAUGAGACCUCUGAUAUCUCAUCGGUGAUGGAUGGCGAACUCGAACCAUUUAUCAAAGCUUACCUGAAGCACAAAUACACUGCAAAUGUUGCUGAAGCCAGAGCUUGAACUAGCAGAGCUUUCCAAGUAUUUAUAUGUUGUAGUAUUCUGUAACUACAUGAUAAAACCGAUGGGAAAAAAAGGAGCUACUUUUAUCAAGGACAUGUAAAACCUGAUAUUUUAUCAAUUAAUAAAAAGGUUUUUACUAACC